UUCUAGCAAUAGCCAUUCAUAAACACAUUCUUUCACGCCAUGACUAUGUCUAUGAGCAAGAUCGGGAUUUCCAAGUUCCUCGUUGUAGCAGCUGGAGUUGGUUAUUCCGGCAACGUUCUUAUCAAAAAUGGCACACUUUCGUAUUUGAUCCAACGACUCCAGCUAGUGGGAAAAAGAUUGCUGAAGUGGGAUCAGGCUGAAGUUGAAAAUGAAAACGCUGAUUCCGCUCACAAGGAGCCAACAAAGAAGAGAAAUUUGAAGAAGAGCUUACAAGAGAGAAUUUUAACUAUAAAGAAAAAUGAGAAAUAUUUUAUGAUAAAGAAGGAAUGCACAUUAUCUCACUGAUUUUCAAUCUUAAAUUUAUUUGGAGUUGGUUGUAGUACUUUUGAA